AUGCUUCUCGACGAGGAUCCGGCUACUCUGAUCAGCCACACGAUCAACAACUUCAACAUAGCGCCCGACAAAGCCGCCGUCUCGCGCGUCACCGACUCUAUAUCUACCCUGCGACAAGCGCGAGAGCUGCGAAUCAAAGAUGCGGAAGCGACGCUGAAGAAGCUCGUGCGGACGGUGGGCACGCUGCAGGCGCAGCACGAGGAGCUGGCGGCGGCGCACUCGUCGGCGGCGCACGCGUCGGAGAUCUCGCGGCUGGACACGCAGAAGUUCCGGAUCGCGAAGGCGGUGUCGGACCUGGAGAUGGAGGCGGAGCGGCUGGCGGCGACGCGGGCCGACCUGGCGGCGCGCCUGCAGGAGCUCGAGAUCCAGGGCGUCGAGGGCGGCGUCGAGGAGGAGGCGGCCCGCCGCCGCCGCGCCGCCGCCGCCCCCGACCUCCUCGACGACGAGGUCCUCCUCCGCCUCAAGGUCUACCGCAGCCUCGGCAUCGACCUCGAGCGCGGCGACGGCCCCGACGGCGAGUUUUCCCGCGCCGUCGUCCGCAACGACCGCAAGGGCGAUGUCCACGUCGUCAACCUCGACAAGAAGUUCUCCCGCUUCUUCUACGCCAACUACUUCUGGCAGACUCUCUGA